AUGAAACCUUUUGGCGGUUACAUAAAUAAAUAUGGUGGAAAAUAUUCGAUAAAUUAUAAUUUAAUUAAUAAAAAUUAUUAUUGUACGAGUGUAAAUAAUAAUAAUAAUGAAAAGAUAAAAAUUGAAAACGUUGGAGAAUCGGUUAAAAUAACCAAAACUGGUCGGAAUGAUGAUGGGGAUAAUAAUGAUGAUGAAAUUAUUUAUUAUGGUAAAUUAACACCUCAAAUAAAAGGACUCAAAGUAUUUACGUGUUGUUCGAGUCUCGGUGGCAUAUUCGUACAAGCAAUUAUAAUACAAAACAUAUUGACCGGUGAAAAUUUAAGUUUGAAUUUAGGAUUGGGAAGCGCCGUGGGUUUUUUCACAUUUGUAACACCUUUUCUCAUUCAUUCGCUCACGAAAAAAUACGUGACUGAAAUCAAAUAUAAUUCAUUGAAAAAAACAUACGAAGCCAUAACUUUACCGAUAUUCACAACAAUGUGCAUAAAAGGAAAACCGGUUUUUGUCGUCAGCGAAUCAUUUUUAGAUAUAAAUCAUUAUAUUAAAAUGAUGGGAUAUGAUAAACCUAUUGAUUUAAAAUUAAACAUACCUAAUAAUAAUAAUAAUAAUAAUGAUAAUAAUAAACUUGAAAAUGAUGAAGGAUUACAAAGAUAA